GUUGUUUAUCAAGAUAAAGGAUUUCGUCGUCAAGUACAAAUGCGUAAAAUUCGUGAAUACUUUUAUGGAUUACCUAAAGUUGAAUUAUCACCUUGUUCAACCUUAAUUAAUUUAAAUGAUGUCACAAUAUUUCGUGUUGGAGUUGGUUCACUUGCUCCACCUUCUGCCCUUCCGAUCGGAUUUGAUAGAAGAGUUAGUGAAACUCAAUUAGUAAAGGUCGAACCGGACGAUACUUUACGACAUUCAAUUCUGGCCAUUACUGCAUCCAAUUCUUCUGAUGAAAUUGAAAUUCUUGAAUCCAGCAUCAUUGGUUCUGAAGUCGACACUAUCAAACAAAAAAUGACAAUUCUUUCACCAUGUCCUGGGCGGUUUCCAAAACAAUAUCUUUUGAUGGGAUCUUAUAAAUGGAUGGAAAGCUAG